UCUUGAAAAUGAGUAAUCGCGUACUAAAAGCUGAACUUUCUUUGCGAAGUUUUUACAUAUUUAACUCAGCCUUUGGCCCAAAAGAGGGUGAAGAGGAAAAGAAGGUGCUUUUCUACCAUCCACAGGACUCGGAUAUCGACACCAAGAUAAAAGAUGUGGGGCUUAGUGAAGCGAUUAUCAAGUUCAGCAACACAUUCGCCAACGAUGAUAGCGUGCAGACGCUUCACACGCAGAAAAGCUGCCAGUUUUACUAUCAACCGGAGCCGGGCUACUGGAUGAUCAUGACCCUGAACGUACCGUUUGAGCGCAAAACGCGUGACACCGGUGACUACAAUGAGUAUCACGGUGAUGCAAUCCACGACACCGUCUACCAGUCUGUGUUACGCCAAUCGUACCGGCUGUUCCGCAUGUUCAACGGUACCUACGCGGAGAAUCUGCAACAAAGCGACGAUCUGGACGCGCAGGCGAAUCUGAUCGGACAGUUGGAAUCAUUUUACCAAAGCUACAUUCUGCAUCUGCAGAUGAAGAGGUGUGACGUGGGCGAUGCAUUCGGGAGCGUGCAGUAUCUGCCCCUGAACCAGCUGCUGUUUUUGCGGGUACAAAAUUUCAUUAACAUGAUCGAGGCCACCUUCGAACCGAUCAAACAUUGCAUCUUCCUGUACCACGAUCAGGUCGUGUGGAGUGGCAUUAACCCGACCGAUCUGUACACCAUGUACGAGUACUUCCACAGUCCCAUGUUCGAUCUGAACACCAGUCCCGAGCAGGCCCGGUCGGUGUACGUGAGUGAGCAGGGUAAAACAAAGCGCUACUCACUGAUGGUAUGCCGGAAGGUGCAGAGUAUUACCCUGUGUCUGCUGCUCGAUUCAGCCGACAGCGAGCAAUCGCUGUAUCACGAGCUGAAUGCCGUCAUAAAUCCACAGCUAACGAGCAUUUCCUCCGACAUUGGGGCACAUCUGCAACACAGUGGAGAAUCGAACCAUGGGUUCGGUUGUUCGGGCAGUAGUAAAGACGAGUCCGUCUCGGCUCCCAAGUUUAUCUAUUUCAACGAGCUGAACCUGCAGCACAGGGGUACAGUACGGUUAGGACCGGCACAGUAUCCAACGAUCGGUGGCAGUGGCAGUAGCGGCAGCAGCAGUAACAGUGGCGGAAACAGCGGUAGUAGCUUACCGAACGACGUCAUGAACUUGAUCGUCGACCUGCUGGACGAUGCGCGUAGCAAUGAGCGAGCGAAUGUGACCGAUGAAACGAUCGUCAAAACACACGACGAUUAUUGGAUCGUGAAGCGAAGCUGCAAUGCGCGGCACGUGUUCAUCGUCCUCAACAAGAGCUCCACGCUGAUCGACGUGACGGAGGAAACGAAGAAAAUACUGGACCAAAACGUGAAGGGAAUUUUCUUUUAGUUCUCUCCAGAGAACCUCCUGUUAACUGCUGCAGGCAGUCUAAUAAAAGUGCGAUAUAUAUACUUCCGUUAUCCUA